AUGGGUUCUGCACUUUGCGGACCUAAGCGAAAAAAAGUGCAAGUUGGUGCGUCGUGGGUAGGCAACGAUUCGGAAAACCCGUUCGAAACAGCCUUCACUAAGAAAGAACGAAUUCUGCUGAGAGAAACCUUCCAGCGUUUGGAUGAUCCUAAGGAGAUUGUAGGAGUUAUAUUUGUCGACAUCGUUAACGAAGUUGAACCAGAUCUUAAGAAGGUUUUUGGCGUCGAAAGAGCACCUAAAGCUGCAAUGUUAAAAAUGCCGAAGUUUGGUGGUCACGUAGCGCGUUUCACUGAUCUCAUAGACCAGACGACGUCCAUGCUCGGGUACACAGAGAAUCUGUUAGGCGCAUGGCAAAUGGUCCGAAAAACGGGACGAAUUCACGUUAAACAAGGAUUCUUAGAGCAGAACCAAAAUCAGCUCGAGAAGAACUAUUUUGAGGUUGUCAUGAACACAUUUAUCGAUCGCUUCAUUCCGUUCCUUACUGGAGAACAGGAGUUAUUGGCUCCCGAUGCCAAUGAGAAGAAGAAAGUGCGAUUUGCUCAAAGUUAUGCUCCUUCACAAAUCAUAGAAGUGUGGAAAAGAUUCUUCAACUUAAUCUCCGCUCAGAUGACGGACUCCUUCGAGCUUGAGCGCACUAAGCAAAGAAACGCACAGAGUCAAAAAACUCUCGCGCCUCAUCAGCACAUCGAACAAAGCGAGAGGAUGAAAAAGCGGAUACAGGAGAAACAGAGCGAGAUGGAGAAUACGACAGGACUGCAAGAACCAAAGGAACAAGAACAAAUGUUUGAAGAUCCAUUUUGA